AUGAUUUUUCAAUCUUUUCUACUAGGUAAUCUAGUAUCCUUAUGCAUGAAGAUAAUCAAUUCGGUCGUUGUGGUCGGACUCUAUUAUGGAUUUCUGACCACAUUCUCCAUAGGGCCCUCUUAUCUCUUCCUUCUCCGAGCUCAGGUUAUGGAAGAAGGAACCGAGAAGAAGGUAUCAGCAACAACUGGUUUUAUUACGGGACAGCUCAUGAUGUUCAUAUCGAUCUAUUAUGCGCCUCUGCAUCUAGCAUUGGGUAGACCUCAUACAAUAACUGUCCUAGCUCUACCAUAUCUUUUGUUUCAUUUCUUCUGGAACAAUCACAAACACUUUUUUGAUUAUGGAUCUACUACCAGAAAUUCAAUGCGUAAUUUCAGCAUUCAAUGUGUAUUCCUGAAUAAUCUCAUUUUUCAAUUAUUCAACCAUUUCAUUUUACCAAGUUCAAUGUUAGCCAGAUUAGUCAACAUUUAUAUGUUUCGAUGCAACAACAAGAUGUUAUUUGUAACAAGUAGUUUUGUUGGUUGGUUAAUUGGUCACAUUUUAUUCAUGAAAUGGCUUGGAUUGGUAUUAGUCUGGAUACGGCAAAAUCGAUCUAUUAGAUCGAAUAAGUACAUUCGAUCUAAUAAGUACCUUCUAUCAGAAUUGAGAAAUUCUAUGGCUCGGAUCUUUAGUAUUCUCUUAUUUAUUACCUGUGUUUACUAUUUAGGCAGAAUACCGUCACCCAUUCUUACUAAGAAACUGAAAGAAACCUCAAAAACGGAAGAAAGGGUGGAAAGUGAGGAAGAAAGGGUGGAAAGUGAGGAAGAAAGAGAUGUAGAAAUAGAAACAGCUUCCGAAAUGAAGGGGACUAAACAGGAACAAGAGGGAUCCACCGAAGAAGAUCCUUCCUUUUUUUCGGAAGGAAAGGCGGAUCCAAACAAAAUCGAUGAAACGGAAGAAAUCCGAGUCAAUGGAAAGGAAGAUGAAUUCCACUUUCGAUUUACAGAGACAGGCUAUAAAAAUAGACCCGUUUCUCAAGAGUCUUAUCUGAUGAAUAUCAAUGAAAAUCAUGACAAUUCAAGAUUCAAAAUAUUUGAUAAACCUCUUGUGACUCUUCUUUUCGAUUGGAAGCGAUGGAAUCGACCAUUUCGCUACAUAAAAAAUAAUAAAUUUGACAAGGCUGUCCGAAAUGAAAUGUCACAAUAUUUUUUUGACGUAUCCAAAAGUGAUGGAAAAGAAAGAAUCUCUUUUACAUAUCCCACUAGUUUAUCAAUUUUUUUUGAAAUGAUAAAAACAAGGAUAUCCCCGCGUACACUCGAAAAAGCUUCAUCUAAUGAACUCUACAACCCUUGGGUUUAUAUCAACAAACAAAAAGAAAUAAAUUUCAACAAGGAGUUUCUAAAUCGAAUUGAAGCUCUAGACAAAAAAUCUAUUUCUUUGAAUAUACUCGAAACAAGGACUCGAUUGUGUAAUGACGAUUAUACAAAAGAAUACUUAUCAAAAAGCUAUGAUCCUUUCUUGAACGGAUCAUAUCGGAGAACAAUCUACAUUUCGCCUUCAAUUCUAAAAAAAACUUUUAUCGAAAAUUUCAUAGAGAAAUUUGGGAUAAAUCGGAUUCAUGGUAUCCUUCUUCCGAAUACUGAUUACCAAGAAUUUGAAGAGAAAGUAAAUAGAUUUGAUAAAAAACCAUUAUCAACAGAAAUUGUUGAUUUCUUAACUUUCAUCAGUAAAUUUGUUAGAGAAUCAGAAUCCACCAAUCCUAAUGAUGAAAAAAUUAACACAAAAUCGAUUAGAAUAAAAGAAAUCAGUAAAAAAGUCCCUCGAUGGUCAUACAAAUUAAUUACCGAAUUAGAACAAGAAUCGGGAGAACAUCAAGAAGGCGUACCAGUAGAUCAUGAAAUUCGUUCAAGAAAAGCCAAACAGGUAGUAAUUUUUACUGAUAUCAAGCAGGACACUGAUACUAAUACUAAUACUAAUACUACGGAUACUAAUACGCCCGAUGAAACAGACGAGGUGACUUUGAUACGCUAUUCACAACAAUCAGACUUUGAGCGAGAUAUAAUCAAAGGUUCUAUGCGGGCUCAAAGGCGUAAAAUAGUUAUUUGGAAAUUGUUUCAAACAAAUGCGCAUUCCCCUCUUUUUUUGGACAGAAUCAAAAAAUUGCAUCUUUUUUCUUUUGAUAUCUCCGGGUUGAUUAAACUAAUUUUUAGAAAUUGGUUGGGGAAAGGAAAAGCAUUCAAAAUUGUAGAGUAUACAGAAAAGCAAGCAAAAAUGGAAGAGCAAGCAAAAAUAGAAGAAAAAAAAUGGAAGAACAAAAUAAAAGAAGAGAAGAACAAAAUAAAAGAGCAAGCGCGAAUAGAGAUAGCAGAGUUCUGGGAUACCGUUCUUCCAUUUUCGCAAGGAAUAAGAGGUUGCAUGUUACUAACUCACUCUAUUUUUAGAAAAUAUAUUCUAUUCCCUUCAUUGAUAAUUGCGAAAAAUAUUGGACGUAUAUUCCUAUUUCAACGUCCUGAGUGGUCUGAGGAUUUCCAGGAAUUGAAUAGAGAGAUGCAUGUUAAAUGUACCUAUAAUGGUGUUCCAUUAUCCGAAACAGAAUUUCCGAGAAAUUGGUUGACAGACGGUAUUCAGAUAAAAAUAUUAUUUCCUUUCUGUCUGAAACCUUGGCACAAAUCGAAACAACGAUCCUCUCAGAAAGAUCUAAUGAAAAAAGAAAAAGAUGAUUUUUGUUUUUUAACAAUUUGGGGAAUGGAAGCUCAAGUUCCUUUUGGGUCGCCCCGACAACGACCUUCCUUUUUUAAACCCAUUUUUAAGGAACUCAAAAAAAAAAUUGGAAAAUUAAAAAAUAAGUAUUUUCGAGCUCUAAUAGUUCUCAAAGAAAAAACAAAAUUACUUGAAAAAGUUUCAAAAGAAACAAAACAAUGGGUUAUGAAAAGUGUUAUUUUUAUAAAAAAAAUAAUAAAAGAACUUUCAAAAGUAAAUCCAAUUUUAUUAUUUCGAUUAAGCGAAGUAGAAGUAUAUGAAUCGAGUGAAAUUAAAGAAGAAAAAGAUUCCAUAAUCAGCAAUCAGAUGAUUCACGAAUCAUUUAGUCAAAUUGCAUCUCCGAGUUGGACAAAUUCUUUAUUGACAGAAAAAAAAAUCAAGGAUCUGACUGAUAGAACAAGUACAAUUCGAAAUCAAAUAGAAAGAAUCACAAAAGAGAAAAAAAAAGUAACUCUAAGAAUAAAUAAUCUUAGUCCUAACAAAACAAGUUAUAAUGCUAAAAGAUUCGAAAAAUGGCAAAUAUUAAAAAGAAGAAAUGCUCGAUUAAUCUCUAAACUACCCCUUUUUUUAAAAUUUUUCAUUGAAAGAAUAUACACAGAUAUAUUUUUAUCUAUGAUUAAUAUUCCCAGAAUGAAUACAGAACUUUUUCUUGAAUCAACAAAAAAAAUUAUUGAUAAAUCGAUUUACAAUAAUGAAAGAAACCAAGAAAGAAUUAAUAAAAAAAAGAAAAAUCCAAUUCCGUUUAUUUCGACUAUAAAAAAGUCACUUGAGAAUAUUAGUAAUAGUAAAAGAAAUUCACAUAUUUUUUAUGACCUAUCUUACGUGUCCCAAGCAUAUGUAUUUUUCAAAUUAUCACAAAUCCAAGUUAGUAACUCGUAUAAAUUCAGAUCUGUUCUUCAAUAUCAAGGGCUCCCUUUUUUUCUUAAGCCUGAAAUAAAGGAUUCUUUUGAAACACAAGGAAUGGUUCUUUCGAAAUUAGGGGAUAAGAAACUUCGGAGUUAUGAAAUGAAUCAAUGGAAAAAUUGGUUAAGAGGACAUUAUCAAUACGAUUUAUCUGAGAUCAGAUGGUCUAGAUUAAUACCAGAAAAAUGGCGAAAUAGAGUUCAUCGGCGUCGUAUAGCUAAAAAGGAAAAUUUAAGAAAAUGGCAUUCAUAUGAAAAAGACCAAUUAAUUGAUUCCAAAAAACAAAAAGAAUUUAAAGGAUAUUCAUUAUCUAAUCACAAAGAAAAUUUUCAAAAAUACUAUAGAUAUGAUCUUUUAUCAUAUAAAUUUCUUAAUUAUGAAAAUAAAACGGAAUGCUUUUUUUAUAGAUCUCCGUUUCAAGGAAAGGUCGAUAUUCUAUAUAUGAAAAAAAAGGCCGAUAGAAAAUAUUUUGACUGGAAAAUUAUUGAUUUUCAUCUUAGACAAAAAGUCGAUAUUGAGGCCUGGAUCACGAUCGAUCCCAAUAGGAAUCAAAAUACUCAAAUUCGUACUAAUAUUUCUCAAAAAAUUCCGAAAAAAGAUCUUUUUUAUCUUAUGAUUCCAGAAAUCAAUCCACCAAACUCCCCAAAAGGAUUUUUGGAUUGGAUGGGAAUGAAUGAAAAAAUUCUAAAGCGUACCAGUUCGAAUCUCGAACUUUGGUUCUUCCCAGAAUUUAUGUUACUUUAUAAUUCAUAUAAAACGAAACCCUGGUUUAUACCAAGCAAAUUACUUCUUUUAAAUUUGAAUCAGACUGAAAAUCAAAAUAGUAGUGAAAAUAAAAAGAUCAAUGAAAAGGAAAAAGGAAGUUUUUUGAUAGCAUCAAAUAAAAAACAGCGAAAUCAAGAAGAAAAAGAACCCACAAGCGGAAGAAAUCUUGGCCCCGCUCUCUCACAACAAAAAGAUAUUGAAGAAAAUGAUGCAAGAAAAUCAGACCUGAAAAAAGGGAAAAAGAAAAAAAGCAUCGCGGAAGCAGAACUAGAGUUGUUGCUGAAAGGUUAUUUGCUUUUUCAAUUGAGAUGGUACGGUACUUUGAAUGAAAGAAUGAUCGAUAAUAUCAAGGUAUAUUGUUUCCUCCUUAGACUGAUAGAUCCAAGAAAAAUGACUCUAUCCUCGAUUCAAACGAAAGAAAUGAGUUUACAGCUUCUGCUGAUGCAUAAGAAUUUAACUCUUACAGAAUUGAUGAAAAAGGGAGUAUUGAUUAUAGAACCCAUUCGUUUGUUUGGAAAAAAAGAUGGACAAUUUAUUAUGUAUCAAACCAUAGGUAUUUCGUUGGUUCAUAAGAAUAAGCACCAAACCAAUCUAAAAUACCAAGAGCAAAGAUAUCUUUCUAAGAAUCGUUUUGAUUUACUUGUUCCUGAAAAUAUUUUAUCGUUUAGACGUCGUAGAAAAUUGAGAAUUCUAAUUUGUUUCAAUUCAAAGAAUAGAAAUGAUGUAGAUAGAAAUCCAGUAUUUUGGAACGGAAAGAACGUAAAAAACAGCAGCCAAGUUUCACAUGACAAUAGCCAUCUUGAUAGAGAGAAAAAUCCAUUAAUGAAAUUAAAGCUCUUUCUUUGGCCUAAUUUUCGAUUAGAAGAUUUAGCUUGUAUGAAUCGUUAUUGGUUUGAUACCAAUAAUGGCAGUCGUUUCAGUAUGUUAAGGAUACAGAUGUAUCCACGAUUGAAAAUUCGUGGAUAA